AUGUUUUCUGUUGCUCGCGUCAUCGGUUUCCUCGCAGUUGUUGUCGCCUCUGUGGGCGCGGUUCCCAUAUGGGGCCAAUGUGGCGGAAUAGGCUAUUCUGGGUCUACCCAAUGCGACUCUGGGCUUAGCUGUAUCAAGCUCAAUGACUGGUACUCGCAAUGCCAGGUUUCGACCACCACCGCUGCUCCGCCACCACCACCCCCAGUACCCUCGACCAGUAUCCCAGCCCCACCAUCUACCACAGCUACCGGCACAAACCCCGCUGCAACGAUUCCUGUUGGGGCAUUGACCAGGAUCACCAACUUCGGAACCAACCCGACCAAUAUUGGUAUGUAUGUUUACAAGCCCUCAAGCCUCAAGGCGAACCCUGGCUUGCUCGUCGCUUUGCACUACUGUGGUGGCACCGCCCAGGCGUAUUUCUCCGGGACACAGUUCAGAGCUCUCGCCGAUCAACGCGGCUUCAUGGUGCUGUACGGACAGGCGCCGAACGACUCCAACUGCUGGGACAUCACCUCUACUGCCUCUCUUUCGCAUGAGGGCGGAAGCGACUCGCUCGCAAUUGUCUCGGCCGUCCGCUACGCCAUCGCGAAUUGGGGGAUCGACCCCAGCAAGGUGUUCGUCGCUGGCUCGUCGUCCGGUGCGAUGAUGACCAACGUACUCUCCGCGGCGUACCCCGACAUCUUCAAGGCAGGUGCCGUCUUCGCGGGUAGCGCCGUCGGCUGCCUUGGCUUCAACUCGCCCCAGUUCCCUCCGGACGUAUGCCAGAGGGGAGAGAAAAUCCAGACACCUCAGCAGUGGGGUGACCGUGUUCGCCAGGCGUACCCUGGUUAUACCGGCUCGUACCCAAGGCUCCAGAUCUGGCACGGCACCGCUGACCCAGCACUCAACUACAAUAAUUUCCAAGAGCAGAUCAAGCAAUGGACGAAUGUCAACGGUAUCUCCCAGACACCAACGACCACCUAUUCGAGCAACCCGAAGCAGAAUUGGACGAAAACCGUGUACGGAACCGGGCAGCUGGAGGGUUACUCUGGUCAGGGUGCUGGCCACGGGCUUCCGGAGAGUGGAAUGGAAGCAGUUGCCCUUGACUUCUUUGGGUUGUAA